AUGGCGGACUCCCUCAUAAAUCAUCAAAAUGCGCGGGAUUAUUGGCAGAACAUCGAUGCGGAUGUUAGUGGCAUGCUAGGGGGCGGCUUUCCGUAUGUGAGUAAGGUGGAUUUGUUGGGGAGUAGGGCAUUUUUGAGGAAGAUUGGUGUGGUGGGGGGCAGUGUUAAGGAGGUCGGGAGGGCCGUUGAUUGUGGUGCUGGCAUCGGCCGCAUAACCAGCGGUCUUCUGCUCUCCAUCGCCAAAACAGUCGACAUAGUCGAACCCAUCUCCAAAUUCACUGACGCCCUCUCCGGCACCCCGGGCAUCGGUCAAAUCUUCAACACAGGUCUUGAAUCUUGGACGCCAUCACCAGAACCCGGCUACGAUAUCGUCUGGAACCAAUGGUGUCUAGGUCAUCUAACUGAUGACCAGCUCGUUAAUUAUCUGAACAAGUGCAGAAGUGCACUUACUGAGCGAGGUCUUGUGAUUGUGAAGGAGAAUUUGAGUUCGUCAGGGCAUGAUCUUUUUGAUGAGGUUGAUAGUAGUGUUACUAGGACGGAUGAGAACUUGAGAGUUAUUUUUGAGAGGGCGGGUCUGAAGGUUGUGCAGAGUCAACUUCAGAAUGGGUUGCCAAAGAAGUUGUUUGCUGUGAGGAUGUAUGCUCUGAAGCCGAAGACUCCAUGA